AGCUUUAUUGGUCUCCCUGCGCGCCGGACAAGGGUCAGCGGCGCCGGUAGCCGGUUCCUCCCGAGGCCCUGGUGGGCCUUCCCGAUGGCUGCCCCGCGCCACGGGCUGGCAGGAGCUGCGGGGCCAGGCCGCCCUCUGCCUUGGCCACUCAGGGCCACCGGCACCCCUGAGGACUCAAACAGGGACCACCCUCCAUCGUGCUGGGGGGCACAAGCGGCCCGGCUGGACAGAAUGGCGGGAGCAGUCCCUCCCUCAGGCCGGGGGUCCCUCUGUGCCACCGCCUAGUACGAAUUUCGGGUGCUGCUGGCUGGGGCAGGGGCUCCCCAGGGCCCCCCCGUCCCUUCACCCCCUCAGUGAGGCCGUGGGUCUCGGGAACAGCCCAGACAGGGAGCCAGGCUGGGCCAGUCCCUGCCAUGGCAGACAAGCACCGGGGCUUCUCCUUCUCUACCGGGCCCUGGCCCUGCUGCCCGCACCCUUGUGCUUCACCCUACGUGAUGGCCGCCCCACGCCACGGAGCGGGACGUCCCCAGGCACGCGAUGGCCGAGGGGCCGCUUGCGGGCUCAGCGCCGCGUCGGGCGAGGCUGCUGCGCCUGCCCCUUCGGCCCAGCCCCACCUGAGCUGGUUAAACAGGUUUUGGAGUCCAGACGGUGGAGAGACCGCGGAAGCGUUUCGCAGGCUCCCGGCACAGCCGCCACCGCCGCACGUCCCCCGGCCCUGUGGCCCCCCACUUCUCUCCAAGGUGAAAACAGAAGGGAUGGGAUCCUAGUCCCCUCUUGACACCUCAAAACAUAGGAGAGUUUCUUGCCAGUCCUCAGCGGUGCUGAGCCGGCCACUCUCAUGGCUGUUGCCGACCCCAUCCUGCCCCCCGAGGAGGUGGCUUUGCUGGAGCUGGGGAAGGUGGCCCUGGCUGCCCCCCUGGACAAGGUGCCACCAGCCCCGGAUGAACACCCAGGGGACCCUGAUGCCACUCUGCCAUGGGACCACCAGCACAGCACCCAGGGCCAGCUGGAGCCCGUGGAGACGAAGAGGCGCUCAAGUCCUGAAGGGGGCCGCGAAGACCCUGAGGAGGCUGCUCUCACCUGCCCCCAAGCUGAGGCCGAAGAUGAGGAAGCCCCAGGGUUGCCCGUGAUGGCGGCCCACGUCUUUGUGCCCAUCGACCCCCAGUGCAUUGAGCGGACACCCAGCAAGCAGAAGCAACCUGCCCCAUGGCCCCAGGAGGAGGGCAAGGGGGGCUACAUCCCCCCCAGCGACAGACCCGACAGCCUCCGCCAGAAGCAUGUCUUCCUUCCCAUCGGCGCCUCACGCUACAGGGACCCGCUGGGCUUUGAGGGGCGAGUGGCCAAGCCACCGACCAAGGAGCCGCGGUGCCCGUGCGCCAGGGACUGCGGCGCCGGCAACCUCAAAGCCGUGGCCUCGGUGGCGGGGGCCCUGCUCCUGUGCCCCUGCCUCAUCUACGGGGCCUACGUCUUCCUGCCUUUUGAUGCCCCGCCGCUGCCCACUGUCAGCACCCGCCUGGUCUACACGCUCCGCUGUGCCGCCUUUGCCACGCUCCCCAUCGUUCUGGGCAUGAUCGUCAGCGGCAUCUCCCGCCUCUGCUCCUCCGCACUGGAGCCCUUCGGGGAUCUGCAGCGGGAGGUGGAGAUCCACCGCACCUACGUCUCCCAGUCCGUCCAUCUCUUCAUCCUCUACUUCUUCAACAUGGCUGUGCUGGCAACCUACCUCCCACAGGAGGUCCUCAAGCUCAUCCCCCUGCUCACGGGGCUUUUCGCCAUCUCCCGGUUGAUUUACUGGCUGUCAUAUGCCAUCGGACGCUCCUUCCGUGCUUUCGGCUUCAGCAUGACCUUCCUGCCCCUCCUGGCCAUGCUGCUCUGGAACCUUUACAGCAUGUUUGUCCUGGAGCCUGAAAACCUCCUUGCUGUGGCAGCGCCAAAGCCCGAGGACCGCUCCAAGGACACUGGGACCAAACUCCGGUACUGGGGGUGAGGGAGGCCCCUGGGAGAUGGGGUGCCUGGACACAGCGGCGCAGAGGGGCUCAGCCCUCCUCACUGCCCUGCCUUGUGAGCCCUGAAGGUGGAGGCAGAUCUGGCCGGGCCCCUGCUCCCUGCCCGGACCCCUGCUCCCUGCCCGGACCCGGCAAGGUUUUGCGCCCGGGGUUGAUAGAGCUAAGCUGGAAAUCCCUCUGCACUGGGAGUUUCCUGCAGGAGGGUGAACAGGGCCCAGAGCAAGACCCAGUGAGCCCAUGAGGAUGGGUUGGGGUUUGCCUAACCUCCCGCUGGAGCUGGCUUUGCUCAAUAAAGCCCUUCACCAAGU